CCCAUCAGCACCACCAUACCCGUCAACAUCAUCCAUUCUUCCUCGUCCCUACCACCCACCCAGAUGCAACUUUCUGCUUCACUAAAUAAUUCAGAUGCGCUGGAUUCGUCUGUGACAUCCACUGCUUCGCCAGCCUCGAUUUGCGCGCGUCGACUAGCCUCGAUAUUGGCGAACUUCGUGUUGGGACUUAGCUGGACCUUUUUCCUCUUGCUCUGUCGCCGCGUAUCUAGCUAAGAUCGCAGUUCCUGAUUUUCAUGCUCCAAGACUGCUAGUCUAUAGGCCAUUUCACUAUAUCCCUUUUAGACCUUUCUACAUAGGUGGCAGCGAGUGUAGAUGUCAUGGGUAUCUUGCACCAGUUAGUAAUAUAGGUGUAUCUGAUCCUCUAGAUCAGCAGGCUUGCACAGGGUCAACCAUAGGACUGCAGAUACAGCUUCAUCCCACUGCUGACUUCAUAGCUGUCUGUCUGG